CCCCCCGCCGCCGCCUCGCUAGAGAGAGAAAACGCGCUGGGAGAGGAGCCCCGGGAGCGGCGAGAUGGUGCAGCGGCUCACCUACCGGAAGCGGCACAGCUACGCCACCAGGUCCAACCAGACCCGCGUCGUCAAGACCCCCGGUGGUAGGCUUGUGUACCAGUACACCAGCAAGCGCGCGAGUGGCCCGAAAUGCCCGGUCACCGGGAAGAAGAUCCAAGGAAUUCCACACCUGAGACCUACCGAGUACAAGAGGUCCAGAUUGUCAAGGAACCGGAGGACUGUUAACCGUCCGUAUGGUGGUGUUCUGUCUGGUUCUGCAGUUAGAGAGAGGAUCAUUCGGGCAUUUUUGGUUGAGGAACAGAAGAUUGUGAAGAAGGUGUUGAAGAUCCAAAAGACUAAGGACAAGGCCUCCAAGAGUUAGACGCUAUUGCAAGAUAGGCAUUCGUGACAAUGUUAAGUCUGUCAAAUUUGUUUCAGUAAGUUUUCUUGUGGGUUUGGGAAAUCCUGGUUCUAGUGCUAGAAUGCGAGAGUGAUGCAACUGUUUAAAUUUUGAGCGCUACUUUGUGGAUCCUUAGGUGCAAAUUUUGGAACUUCCAGUUUGGUGGAAUGUUGUUUCACUUGGCCAUGAGGAUAUCAGAUAUUUCACUAAUGCCAUUUGUCCCUGUUAUACUAUUUCAA